AUGCUACUCUCACGCCUAAUCUAUAUGGAGGAGCUAUGUCUCCAAGACGUAGGAAGCACGAGCGUAUGGUCAUUAACCGACACGGACUUUGGCUCCCUGCUUUCCCACCUUCCUAAUCUCCGGAAGCUGGUCGCCAAUAUCGAUCUCUACAGGUUAGGUGCAGUGCCACUAGAUGCAAUCGCUAAUUGUUGUCCCAUGAUGAAAAGUAUCGAGAUGCUUUUUCUGUCUGUCGAUUUCAUGGCCCUCAAAUGGGACUCAAGGGCUGCCCUGAUGCUCCCUCAGCUCAAGACGCUCAAGGUCUCGGGACUCGGCUUUUCAGUCCAAGGAGAAGAUAGAUCGUCCCGAUAUGCAGGAAUACAUGCCGUAGCGACGAUUAUCCGAAGACAUUUGCCAAAGCUCGAAUAUUUGGACUUUGCGGACCCCGAUUUCCUCGAAGAUGAAGAAUUACUCGAAAUAUGGGAGAGCAUGGGCUCUACAUAG